CGCACACACGUGUAACACUUUGUCUGCUGUGCAGUGCGGAACGCAGCUGUGUCGUCUUGUUUAUUUGGUUCAACUUUCUGCAGAUCUGCCGACUUCCGACACGGUCUUUGUAACUAAAUCCUGCCUGAGUGACGCAAGUAUUGCAUGAGAAAAUCUACAAUAAAUAGAAGCUUCUCAACUGAAGAAGGAAGUAUUCAUUUACGUGUUUAGACUUGAGAGCAAGUCAUAUCUAGAUCUAUUUCCAGCCAUUCUACCAGGACGAAGCCUAGACUCUACUUUGAAAAUGAGUGCCCAAGGCGAUCAAGUUAUCGGGCCUGAUGGGAAACCUAUUUCCAAGAAGGCUUUGAAAAAGCAACAGAAAGAUGCAGAGAAAGCAGCCAAAAAAGCGGAAUACAAGAAACAGAAUACUCAAGAGGGAGCGGAGCAGGAGGUUCAGACAGAGGAUCAGUCUGCAGGUCGCUAUGGUAACCUGCCUUUGAACCAGUCCCAGGAGAGACUUGAUAGGCGCCUGUAUAAAGUAAACGAGUUGCAGCCGUCCAUCUCUGGUCAGAAGAUCUGGGUUAGAGGAAGGUUGCACACUUGUAGGAGCAAAGGCAAGCAGUGUUUCUUUGUUAUCCGGCAGCAGAAAUGGACAGUGCAGGUGUUCGCUAUGCAGAAUGAGAAUAUCAGCAAACAGAUGAUCAAGUUUGUGUCCAGUGUCAGCGCUGAGUCCAUCAUUGACGUGGAGGGCACCGUCCAGAAGACUGACCAGAAGAUUCAGUCAUGUACACAACAGGAUGUAGAGCUGAGCCUUUCUCAGAUUUGGGUAGUAAGUGCCUCAGAACCUCGUCUUCCACUUCUCAUUGAGGACGCCAGUAGACCAGAAGGGGAAGGGGAGCUGGCUACUGUCAAUCAAGACACGAGGCUGGACAACCGUAUCCUUGACCUUCGCACAACUACCAGUCAGUCCAUCUUCAGGCUGGAAGCCGGCGUGUGUCGACUGUUCCGUGACUACUUAACGGAGAAAGGUUUUGUUGAGAUACACACCCCCAAGAUUAUUUCAGCGGCUUCGGAAGGUGGAGCUAAUGUGUUUGAGGUGACCUACUUCAAGACCAAAGCGUACAUGGCCCAGUCCCCUCAGCUGUACAAGCAGAUGGCUAUCUGUGCCGAGUUUGACAAGGUCUUCACCGUCGGAGCAGUUUUCAGAGCAGAAGAUUCCAACACACACAGGCAUCUGACAGAAUUUGUGGGUCUUGAUUUAGAAAUGGCUUUCAACUAUCAUUACCAUGAAGUUUUGGAAGUGAUAGGGGAAAUGUUUGUCAACAUUUUCAAAGGUCUACAACAAAAUUACGCAGAGGAGAUCUCUCUUGUUGGAAAGCAGUUCCCUGCAGAGCCCUUCAAGUUCUUAGAACCAAGUUUGGUCCUGAACUACAAGGACGGUGUGGAGAUGCUGAAGAAGGCUGGUGUGGAGAUGGAGGAUGAUGAGGAUUUGUCCACUCCCAACGAGAAGUUGUUGGGCAGACUGGUCAAGGCAAAGUAUGACACCGACUUCUUCAUCCUGGAUAAGUUCCCCUUGGCGGUGAGGCCGUUCUACACCAUGCCUGACCCCCAUGACAAUAAAUGGUCCAACUCGUACGACAUGUUCAUGAGAGGAGAGGAGAUCCUGUCGGGCGCUCAGCGAAUUCACGACCCAGAGUUCCUGACGAAGAGAGCAAAAGAACAUGGAGUUGACAUUGAGCACAUCAAGGGCUACAUCGACAGUUUCCGCUAUGGAGCCCCGCCUCAUGCCGGUGGAGGCAUUGGUCUUGAGCGAGUGACCAUGCUGUAUCUAGGACUUGACAACAUCCGCAAGACGUCGCUCUUCCCCCGUGACCCCAAACGUCUGACACCGUAGAAGUUUUCCAACAGACUGCUACACACAUGAGAAACAUGCCACAAGAAUCCAACUUUCUGUUGUCUCCAUGAGACCCAGCUAUUAAUCUUUUGCUGCUUUUGUUUGCUCUGCGGUAUCUUUAUUCUGUCCUCUCUCAAACCUCUUAAUACUUGUAAAUUUAUGCUGGUUGGAUCUUUCAUGUUUCGUGUAAAAAUUGAAAGAAAAGGAAGUCAUAGGGGCAAAUAUUAGCAAACAACCCAUAUAGGGCUAAUGUGUUUUCUUUUGUUGCCUCUGUUCGAAUCAUUCUCAAACUCGGACUUCUCUGACACUAUUGAUUCUAUUCCUGCUUGUAGACACAUGUUAAAAAAUUGUGCCUUUGAGGCUGCUUCUUGCUCUUCCUCAAUCAAUGGUUCAAAUAAUUCUGAUUUUAUAUUUCAGACAAUCAUUCAAACCUAAGUUUGACACUUAUUGAAAUUGUUUUUUCAUUUCAAUAAAACACAACUUGAAAAUGAUAAAGAAAGAAAAUUGUAAGCAUAUACUUUGAAAAGUAAUUCGACAAUAAUGUGAGAGAAGAAACUCUUGUACAAUUUUUGCCAUUUCUGUCUAGACUGACUUGUUCUAUGUGCGUUAGCGUAUGCACUCACAAAUACACAAUUUGCUGUCCUCUGUUCCUUUCCUUAUACGGUAUUAAUCUUUGUCAGAUCCAAAGUUUGUUAUAUUGCAAUAUUUAAUCAUUGCCUCAAUAGUUUUGAAGUGGAUUUGUGGAAUGAGGGAGUUUUCCAUUUAUAGGUUUUAAAAAUCGGUCUUUAUCAUAUUUAGCUUUUUAUGUACUUAUUUUUGUGAAUACAAGAACUGUAUGUUUGAUUCUGUGUAUGUUCUUGAUGACAUGUUGGUCAUGGGGAAUUAAGUGCACAUGGGACUCGGUAUGAUUGUGAUGCUUAUUAUUUAUUCACAUUUAUUUUCUUUUGAACUUGGUAAUGCAAAUGUAACCUAUUGAUCUUGUGAAUGUAGUGAAUGUUGCAGAUGAUAGUAAAUGAUAGAUUCUUUGUUAUAUCCUUUGUGUUGAAAAUACAAUAAAACUUGCCAUGUUAUUGACUCUCUGAAUUAA